AUGGACAACUUUCCACCGGAAGUGCAGCAUAUUUUGGCACCCGCCUUCGGCAUUCUUUCGGCCACGCAACUUACUCAGAUGGCUGAUCGGCUUAUGGAGAUGCACGGUUUUUCCAAGCCGUCUAUUUCAGCACUCUCAACUCCCUCAUCUCCCCCUGCGUCUCCCAUUUCGCAGUUAGAGAUCGAGCUCAACAAGCUGGCCGAUGAUAUAGCCGCUCUCCAGAAGUCCACAGUUUCUGCCUCAUCUCGGAGCCAACCUCAGUCGUCCACCCCGCAUGUCCAGUCUUCUCAUUCAGCCAGUCCAAACGCAGCUGCCACCUGCUGGUACCACACUACUUUCGGUGCUAAAGCCCGUCGCUGCGUCUCUCCUUGCUUCUUCACUUUCAAGCAGAACAAACGGGUAAAACCGGUCAGCCGGAAGGUCAGUGCAAGCAAUCUUUCCGACAGCUCUAACGCUGGUCGCACAUUUUACGUCCGCGACACCCGAAGUGACAGACGUUUCUUGGCUGACACUGGUGCCCAGCUAAGUGUCAUUCCACCCACACCAGCUGAUCGUCGGUGUCCCAAUCCCGGUCUUUUCCUACAGGCAGUCAACACAUCGCCGACUACCACAUUUGGCACCUGCUCCCUCUCUCUGGACAUCGGUCUCCGGCGUCUCUUCCCUUGGGUCUUCGUCGUUGCUGACAUCCCCUGUGCAAUUCUCGGUGCAGAUUACCUCGCCGCUUUCGAUCUUCUGGUCGACUGCCGUCAGUCACGUCUACACGACAAGACUACCAACCUUACUGUCCAGGGUAUCUCUUUCUCCGACGUCUCCCGUCAUCUUGCCGUCUUGGACCCUGAACCCGAGAAUCCAUUUCGGCAACUCCUCGCCAAAUACCCCGGCCUCACUCGCCCCAACUUCAGCGUUUCUAUUCCACCACAUGACGUUGUUCACCACAUUCGGACCACCGGCCCUCCCGUGUUUUCUCGCCCCCGCCGUCUCGCGCCUACACGUCUUGCUGCCGCCAAGGCCGAAUUCUAG